CACGUCCGUGGCUUCAACCAAUACACUUUGGACAAGUUGAAGGGGAGGGAGACACAGAAAUUGGCAAGAUGGCGGCGGCAGCGGCCCUGGGCGGGAGAAGCGGUGGUGGCGGAGGCAGUAGUGGGGCUGGUUGUGGCCCUAGUGGCGGGACAAGCGGCUGCCGAAGUGGCUUGUUGGAUAAGUGGAAGAUUGAUGAUAAGCCUGUAAAAAUUGACAAAUGGGAUGGAUCUGCUGUGAAAAACUCUUUGGAUGAUUCUGCCAAAAAGGUACUUCUGGAAAAGUACAAAUACGUGGAGAAUUUUGGUCUAAUUGACGGUCGCCUCACCAUCUGUACCAUCUCCUGUUUCUUUGCCAUAGUGGCUUUAAUUUGGGAUUAUAUGCACCCCUUUCCGGAGUCUAAGCCAGUUUUGGCUUUGUGUGUUGUAUCCUAUUUUGUGAUGAUGGGGAUUCUGACCAUUUAUACCUCAUAUAAGGAGAAGAGCAUCUUUCUUGUGGCUCACAGGAAAGAUCCUACAGGCAUGGAUCCGGAUGAUAUUUGGCAACUGUCCUCCAGUCUCAAAAGGUUUGAUGACAAAUACACCCUGAAGCUGACUUUCAUCAGUGGGAGAACAAAGCAGCAGCGGGAAGCCGAGUUCACCAAGUCCAUUGCUAAAUUCUUUGACCAUAGCGGGACACUGGUCAUGGAUGCAUAUGAACCUGAAAUAUCCAGGCUCCAUGACAGCCUUGCUACAGAAAGAAAAGCAAAAUAGCUAAUUCUAAAAGCAGCUCUUUCUGCUGGAUCAUGCUAAAUUACUGGGUGGGUAGGGUGAAAAAACAAUUUAAAUUGGAUAAAGUAAGAAUUGUUUAAAAUGUCCCUGUUUCGUCUUGAAAUUUUAGUCAAUGCUGGAUAAAUAGAAUUUUCUAGCACAGGUGUGUGAAGUUGUAGUUCUGCUAUCUAGCUGUAGCUUCCUUUGUCUGCUGAUUGUGUUGUUUUGAUUUGCUCUUCUAGAAAGGCAUUUUUGCUGGAAGCUAUCUAGACUUUUUCCUUCAGACUUAGCACUACUUUACAUACUAUAGCUUUGUGCCAUGCAACAUUUGAAGACUCAAUUUUUAAAACUUGUUAACCUGUUGCUAACUUUGUGUUAAUUCCUGUUUCAACAACUGUUUCCCUAAAGAAUUCAGGAUAUAACUUGUGUAUGACAGCUUUCUGUUAACAACAUUUUCGUGGGUGUGUAUGUGUCUGACUUGGGGAAAAUUUUUAAAAAGCUUUUCAAUUUGUUUAAAACAGAUUUGCCUGUCACAUUUUGUGCAGUUAACCAAUUAAAGAAACCAGUGGCAUUUUUAAUUUUGUAUUGUCUAUGUUUUCCACUAGUGUAUCCCUGUUCAUUUGUUUAUGCCUUUUAUUAACUACCAUUUUCUAAAAUUUUUUCAAUAAAAGGAAAGAAGAUAUAAAAAAAAUGAAAUCACAGUGUUGAUGGAACAAACAGCAGCAAGUGUUAACAACUAUACUAUUACCAUAGGUCUCUUUAGUUUUAGGCUGCUUCACUGCUCAGAGGCCCUUGAGAACCUUAGCUAAGGACCUCCUAAUAACACAUAGAGCUUUCUACUCCAUACCUCACAUAUACCGACUCAGUAAUGCUCACAGCAACCCUAGAGGUGGUGCUGUGAUUACCCCCAUUUUACAGAUGAGGCUGAGACAACAAAAGUUGAAUAACCUGCUAAAUAGCUAAUGCUAGAACAGGGAUUUUAACUCCAGAGGCUACAUUCUUGCCGGCAACAUAUCACACCUUUUCUAGUAUUUUCCCAGCCUGGUAAGAGAGCUAGGCACUGAUAUAGAUCCUAUGACCUUUAGUAAUAUUGUCUCUCCAACCCAACAAAAGUGCAAUUCCAGCUGAAGCUACAACCUAAAGCUAUUCAGCUUAUAAAACAUUACCCUUAUGGGCUCAGUGGCUUCAACACCUGCUUGGCAAGUACAAGGUCAUGAGUUUGAUUCCUGCUACCAAAAAACAAAAUAGAACAAAAAUUACACUUGCACCAUUUUCCUGUUGGACUGGGGAAUGUUACCCUGUUUAGCAUCACCUAGUAAAAGAUUAUUAACAUGACUGGAAAUAGAAGCCUUGGAUUUUGUACUGUAUCUUCAUUCCUGUAAUUCAUGGGUAGGUCAUGAAGUUCUCUGAACUGCUUAGUUUCCUUUUGAAAAGUUUUUUUAAGGUGAUAAUUUAAUCCUAUGAACUCAAAACUUUUGAGAGUGUGUAAUCAGAGAAUUCUGUAAUGGAGUUAUUGUUAGACCUAAGUUUCAAGGUUAUAGACAAUGAAAAACCCUCUCCAUUAUGACUGCUUGGAGUUUUUUGAUACCUGCUGUACCUUUCUCUUUACAUAUACAAACUUUUUUUAAAAUAAAAAUUCCAAUUUGCUGUA